CGUAGGGAAUAGCAAAUCAAUGUCAAUUCUUGUCCCUAGGUUCCACCAGAUUCCUAGGGAUUCACUCAUUCCAGGGACCACCCUCGAAAGCUCACUCCGAGUUUCCAAAAUAUCAGAUUCUCGUGAUGGGUCUCAGGCGGGUGCCAGUUGGCAAUGCCUCGCGGGGACUUUGCCUCGGAGCCACAGUGACUGUCCCUUACUCACGCAUAGUUUCUCGAGAGCCUUUCUGCCUAGUGAAGUUCUCUGCCAAUGGGCCUCCUCCACUGCCAACCUUCCCGCAUCCUAAUGUCGACGUGACGCUACUGCUGCUAGUUAUAUAUCGGGUUGCUAGUCGAGGCGUGAGUAGAGACCCGUACUAUCGAGAUCGGAAUUCGAAACCUGAACCGCGGCCUGGAUCUAUCGCGUCGCAGCGGCGAUGCUGGGCGUAGGCGAGGUCGUAUGGGUGAAGUACCGCGGGAUGGGCGCCGUCUGGCCGUCGCAGAUCGUGUCGCCCGACGAUCUGCCCGCGGGCGAGCGACGGCGGCGACGAGACGACGACCACGUGCUCGUGCGACUCCUGGGAGGCGAGUGCGCGAUGACGGCGUGGGUGAGUCCGAGCGCCGUGUUCAUGUGGACGCACGCCAACACCGCCAAGUUCAGCCAGCAGACGCGAUGCCCCAAGAAAAAGCUCAAGGAUUUCAAGGCGGCGCUGGAGGAGGCUCAGGAGAUCUACAGCAAGACUAAGGGAAAGACAGCUGCGGGCUCUGGGGGAGGGCUAGCUGGUGACGGCUCAGCUGCUCAGCAGCUGAAGCAGCAGCAGAAGCAGGGCGACGGAUCAAGCGCAGAGCAGGCGGUGCGUCUGUCGCAGGAGAUACAUGACGAGGAGGGAUUCUGCGUGCACUGCCGCGUGCACGACUACACUCGAGCCUUUGGCCCAAGGUGCAUACUCAUCUGUUCGUGCUGCUGCGAAGAGUGGCAUGUGAGCUGUGCGGAGGAGGUGCAGGGCGUGAAGGUGGAAGCCUCUGUGCUCGACAGCGACGUCGACUGGUACUGCUCGCGCUCCUGCGCCAAGGUGGCAGGGGAGUUGAAAGGCAUGGAGGGCAAGAGAGUGGAGAUACCUGAUGACCAGCCCUUCUCCAUCGAGCUCGCCCGAUACAACGAGAACGACCGAGGCUCCCGACAGUCCAUAGCAGCAGCACUCAAGAUCCUACAGGCGUCGUUUGACCCGCUGGUGAUGGACGACGGGUCGGAGCUCAUCGAGAGCAUCACCAAGUCGCUCGAGUCCGACGGGGAUGAAGGCUACGACUUCAGCAAUUUCCGAGUGGUCAUUCUGCGCAAGGGGGCAGUCCCCAUCACUGCAGCCACGUUCAGGCUGUUCGGAGCAAAGUUUGCUGAAAUGCCGUUCGUCGCAACUAGAGUGGAUUACCGGCGCAAUGGCAACUGCCGGCGACUCAUGCGAGUGGUUGAGGACAUCCUUCGGCUUUUGAGGGUGCCAGUGCUGUACAUGCCGUCUGUCAAGAGCACGGUGGCCAUGUGGACUCGCCGCUUUGGCUUCCAGCUGCCACCCACGGCUGAGCUGCAGCGGAUAGAGAAUAAGAUCAUCUGUCCAGACCCUUCGAGCUCCACUAUGCUCAAACGGGUCAUAGAGCCUUUAGGCGCAUCGCCUGCUGCCACCCCUUCCCCGCUGCCUCCUGUUGUUCUCCCUACCAUGCGCACCCGCCGCGCCACCGCUGCUGCUGCCAGCGCCUCUGCAAGUGCUGCUGCCAGCCUGACCAUGUCUGGGGGUGGUGCAACUGCUAGCUUUACAAGCGCCGCUGGUGCUGCUGCUUCUGCUGGUGGGUUUAUGGUUGGCAAAGGGAAAAGAAAGGGGAAGUCGCAGGGUAGGAAGGCGGGGAAGGGGAGAUCUGCAGUGGAACCUGGAGGUUAUGGGCACUCGAGUGCUGCUGCUGCUGCUGCUGCUAAGACUGCCUCUGCCCCUGUUUCUCCACGCUGUGUGAAAGCCGAACCUGUGUGUGAUGCUCCUAGCCUGGCAGCGUGUGGGCGAACAGCAGUGUCCAUCCUUGGGAUUAGCACCAGCGUAGCAGCAGCAGCAGUAGCAGCAGGAACGGAUGCAGCAGAGGAAGCAGUAGCAGCAGGGGUGAGUGGUUGUCAGCAGGCAGAUGCCAGUACAGAUAAGGGUGGGAGAGCAAGUGAAAGUGGUGGUGCUGCUGGGGUAGCAGGCGCACAGCAGGAGCAGGAAGAUGGAGUGGCAGCGGCACAUGGGAUACGCGUGAUUGUGGAAAGGCAUGCGGCGAAAGCUGGUGGAUUGGGGGGUGACGACCUUGUGGAGAAAUCAGGGCAGGGCAUGAUGCUUGCACCAGUACCAGCAGGUACAGCAGCAGCACAGGAGCACUGCAUGGUUGUUGGACCCCCAUUUGCAGUGGCAACUGUGAAGCAGGAACCUGGGAUACCGCUGGUGCCAACAGCAGCAGCAGAGGCCCAAGGAGCUCCAGGCUUCCUGGUUAUCCCCCCAUUCUCAGGCCCUGCAGCACCAUUCCCAGAAGCAGCAUUGAUGCCUGGGGCGGGGGCGGCACAAUACUCUGGGGCAGGUGAGGAGCGCGGUGCUGGUGUGCGGCAGCAGCAGGUGGUAGUGAACUUGGAGCCCGUGGAAGGGGUUGCAGGGGUAGAGGGGACAGGAGGCGGGCUGGUAGUAGAAAGGCGAGGCAAAGGUGGUGCAUCUAAGAAGCAAAAGCCCAACUCUGCUGCUACUGCUGGUGGUGCCGCUGCUAUUGCUGCUGCUGGGGCAGGAGCGCGUAGUGUUUCUGGUGCUGCUGGUGCUGCUGGUGCUGCUGGUGCUGCUGGUGCUGCUGGUGCUGAUGGUGCUGAUGGUGCUGCUGGUGCUGCAGCCAACAGGCAGAGGAAGCGGAAGAGAGCUCCGGCCAAGGGGGCGGGUUUGUGUGGGUUAGGUACAGGCAAUCAGGAGGAGGAGGAGGAGGUGAGAGUGUUUUCGCAGGAGGAGCACAUGUGGUGGGACGACCGUGUGAGUAGAGUGCUCGACCAGUGGGCUGGCUCCGUGGCUGGUGCAGCCAUGAGGCCUCCAGGGAGCAAGGCAGCCAGAGGGAGAGGGAGCAAGGCGCAGAAUUCUGGGCCGAAGAGGGUUAAGCAGGAGCCACAGGAGUUUGUGCAACAACCGCUGCAGCAACCCCUGCAGCAGCAGCAGCAGCAGCCGAUGCCGAAGCUACCCCUAGUCCAGCAAUAUCCUUCGUUUGGUACUGGGCCUGCAUCUAGAGGUGCUUUUGGGUGCCCUGCGUUUGGGCGAACAAUGCAGGCAACGCCAGGCAUGCCUUGCCACGUCCUCCCUCCUGGUAUGUCCUUCACUCGCCUCAUGCAGGAAUGCAUGCAGCUCCCCACGGCGGGCACGGGCACAAGCAGCAUGGCAACACCAGAGCCACCUGCACCAGCUGCACCACUGGCCCCAGGAGCAUCAGCUACAGCAGCAGCAGCAGCAGCACCAACAGCAGCAGCACCAACAGCAGCAGCAGCAAGAGGAGUUCCGCCUGAGCCGACUGCUGCUGCACAGCCAUCCACAACUCCAGCAAGAGCAGUACCAGAAGCAGCAGCAGCAGCAGCAGCGGUGUCAACAGGGAGGCAGAUGCAGCAGGAGGAGAUGCGGUGUGAGCGGGAGGCGGAGGAAGGGUUGGUAGAGCGAGUGGUGCAGCUGGUGAGGGAUCUCCCUGGGGAGACGCUGGUGCAGGCGCUGCUGGGCGGGGUGCGAGGGAUGGGAGGGGAGCAGGAGACCGCUGGUGGUGCGGGCAGUGGGAAAGAGCAGCUGCUGAGUGGAGCCACAGUGGCAGGCGCAAGUGCUGCCCAUCGCAUCCUGGAGGCAGUCUUGCUCCGCUGCAGACCCUUGCUUCAACCGCUGCUGCCACCAGCACCAGCACUGGCAACGGCACCAGCAGAAGCAGCAGCAGCAGAAUCUGGCAUGCCUUCUCCAGCGAAACCUCUUACAUCACCCAGCGCGCCAGCUGUAGCUGCAGAACCUAAAGUAGCAGCACCAGCACCAGCAGCAGCAGUUGCCGCAGCAGCACCGCCACUCCCAGCAGCAGCACCACCACCACCGCCACUCCCAGCUGCAGCAGCACCACCACCGCCACUCCCAGCAGCAGCAGCAGCACCACCACCGCCACUCCCAGCAGCAGCAGCAGCAGCACCGCCACUCCCAGCAACAGCAGCAGCACCACCGCCACUCCCAGCAGCAGCAGCACCACCACCGCCACUCCCAGCAGCAGCAGCAGCACCACCGCCACUCCCAGCAGCAGCAGCAGCACCUCCGCCACUCCCAGCAGCAGCAGCAGCACCUCCGCCACUCCCAGCAGCAGCAGCAGCAGCACCUCUGCCAGCGCAUAUUCCUGCACCAUCAGCCCACGCCCCUCACUCCCCACAGGCAUCAGCCGCAGCUUUGUCUGCUCUAGCCGCUCUAGCCCGCACCCCUGCAACGUCUCCAGAGGCCGCUGCUGCCCUUGCAUCUCUUGCGGCGGGCAUGCCUGUGCAAAGAAUGGAAGGGGCUGAUGAGCUUGCCACGCCACCUUGUGUGGAAGCAGGGGAGCAGGGGAGUGGGGGUGAGAGAGGUAAAACGGAACCUGUGUCCGAAGCAGUGGCACAUGGUGGGCGCAUGUGCUUGGAAGCAGGGAGUGGAAAGAAGGGAGAACCGAGAGAGGGGGAAGAGCUGUCGAAAGCAGAGGUGUUGGGCGAGGAAGGGGGGGAUGAGGCGGUGGAGGAUGUCAAUGGUGAUGCGGCAUUGGAAUCCAAGGUGGAGGAUGAAAAGGAAAAUCCACAUGCGAAUGUGGAGCCAGCUCAAACUGCACGCGCCCAGGUAGGCAAGAAGGAUCAGGCAGACAUCAAAGAGCAUCGUCGGGUGGGCGUUCAAGGGGUGGGUGAGGAGAGGACUGGGAUUGGAGGUGGUCAGCAGCAGGCGGUUGGUGCAGGUGCUGCUCACACAGCAGCAGCACCCGAGUCAGCUGAUACGGUCUGUAAGACUCAUGGUAGAGAUGGCACCUCCCGCUCUCUACCGCUGCUCCCCCCACCCGCCACCCCUGCUGCCACCUUGGGGAACAACCCUGCUGCCACCAUUGCUGCCACGCCUGAUGCGAACUGUGCAGUUGCCACACCUGCGUCUAUUGCCAUUUCUGGACCUGCGGUUUCUGCUGCUCUCUGCGCUGCUGUGCCACCAUGCACCCAGGCACACACUGCUACCACUGCUGCCAUUGCUGCUGCCAUUGAUCCUUCUGUGGUUAGCUCUAUUCCGGCCCUUGCUGCUGCUGGUAUCGCUUGCGCUGCUGCCACCGCCACUGCCACUGCCCCAGCCCCAGCCCCUGCCCCUGCCACUGCCCCAGCCGCAGCCCCAGCCCCUGCCCCUGCCCCAGCCACUGCCCCUGCCAAUGCCACUGCCACCGCCACUGCCGCUGCCCUUGCGCCUGCCUCUGCUUCGUGCCCAGCUGCACUGACCACCCUCCUACCCUGCUGCACGCUGCUUACUGAAGGCUCGAGCCAUACAGAUGAGUGCACGACACAUGCAGUAAAGGGAACACGCCAUGAAAGGAAGGGGAUGGCCUGUAAAUGUGGACGCUCAGGGCAUGCCGGGGAGUGCAGUGGAGGUGGGGCUGUACUCCCCGCCACUUUCCUGACAGGUCUGUCUGCAGCAAUGGGGAGGCCAUAUGUGAGGCAGGUGGUUACUGCCAUGGCGUGUGUGGUGGAGGGUGAGAGUGGAGGAGGGGGAAGCGGGGUGGCGGCAGGAGGAGCAGGGGGGGGGGCACACGGUGUAGCAGGGAAGGAACAGGGUUUGGCUAAGGGGACAACUGGAGAAGUGGAUCGGGCAGUGGAUGUGAGGGUUGGUGAACGCGAAUUGUGUGGGGAAGGGGGAAACGCAGUCAGAGGGGCAGCAGCAGCAGCAGCAGCGGCAGCAGGCAGAGGAGAAGCAGCACGCCAGAGUCCAGGCAUUCAAUGCGGGACCAUCUGCACUGCAGCCUGCCCUCCCCUCACACUCUAUGCCCCCCAACCCCUCACACCCCAUGUCCCCCAACCCCUCACACCCCAUGCCUCCCCACCCCGCACACCCUAUGCCCCCCAACCCUCACACCCUAUGCCCCCCAACCCCGCACACCCCAUGUCCCCCAACCCCUCACAACCCAUGCCUCCCCACCCCGCACACCCUAUGCCCCCAACCCCUCACACCCCAUGCCCCCCAACCCCUCACACCCCAUGCCUCCCCACCCCGCACACCCUAUGCCCCCAACCCCUCACACCCUAUGCCCCCAACCCCUCACACCCCAUGCCCCCCAACCCCUCACACCCCAUGCCUCCCCACCCCGCACACCCUAUCCCCCCCAACCCCUCACACCAGAUGCCUUUCCACCACGCCCCCCGCAUCCCCCCACCGCAUCUCCCCCUUCCCAACUUCCACCACCUCCCGCCAGACGUGCGCUCUCUCUUCUUCCAACACCUCCGCCUCUUGCCUCCGCCUGCUGCUGCUCCUGGGAUUGAAGCCAUGCCCUUACCCUCUGCACCAGCAGCAGCAGCAAGUGCGCCAGUGGUGGGUCAAGGGACAAGACCUGCAGCAGGGAAUGCAGGCAUACAGGGCGUGAAUGUGGUAGCAGCAGCCAUGGGCCACGCACCCUCACAUUCACAAGCGGCAGGAAUGCAAGGAGCGGUGAUGCAAGGAGCGGCGAUGCAAGGAGCGUCGAUGCAAGGAGCGGCGAUGCAAGGAGCAGCAGGCGGCGGGUUAUCCAUGCAAGCACCCGGCAUGGUGCCACCAGCCACUCACUCCUCCACUCGGCCGUUGCCGCCUGGCCUGCCCAUGCCAAAUCUAGCUGCACCCACCCUACCCACUCACUUGCCCUGGCAUCUGCUGCUCCCAGCACCGGCAAAUGCCAAUGCACCCUCUAACCGUCAUUCCCUCACCCUCCCGUAUGCCUAUUUCAACAACCCCCUCUCGGGGUUUAGCCUACCUGCGGGUUGGAAGGGGGCCAGUGGGGAGAGGCAGGCGGGUGUGGGAGGGGAGAGGAGUGUUGAGGCAGCAGCGGCAACUGUGGUGGUGGCAGCAGCGGCGGCGGUGGCAGCAGUGGGUAAACCCGGUGGUGCUGCAGCAGAAGCAAGGGGCGGCACGUUCCGAGGAAGUGGCUCCCAGUACCUGACUCCCUCACAGGCCUUCAUCCCUGCGUCCAGCACUCAGUCCUCUCUGCCUCAUGGUCCUUCUCUUGCUCACGCGCUUCCAUCUGCUCUGGCCUCAUCUGCCCAGGUCUCAUCGUCCCAGGUAUCAUCUGCCCAGGUCUCGUCUGCCCAGGUCUCACCUGCCCAGGUCUCGUCUGCCUGGGUUGUGCGGGUUCCUGCUCCUGCUCCUGCUCCUGCUCCUGCUCCUGCUCCGGACGCUGCCGCUGGUCUUCCUCUUUCCCCCCCUCAUGCCUCUACUCUCACUGCUCCCCUUCCUCAUGCCACUCGUGCUGCCACUCGUGCUGCCGCCGCUGCAGCAUCUACGGCUGCUGCCACUGCUCCUGCCACUCGUGCCAGCACUCAGGCUUCUGCCCGUGCUGGUGCUGCUGCUAAAAAUAAUGUGGUUCAGGGAGGUAGUAAGCCUGAGGAGGGGAGUGGUGGCGGAAGGGGAAGAGGAGGGUUGAGGGGGGGGGAGCGGGGAGAAGGGAGAGUGGUGACAGGCAGGAGGAGCCAACGGAGGCGGACUCUGAGUCUGAGAGAAGCUCAUCCUCUUCCUCGCGCUCAUGGUGAUGCUGCUGUUGUUGCUCAUGUUAUUGCUGGUACGGAUGCUGAGAGUUCCAAAGGGGGAGCUGGGCGUGGGACAAGCAAUGUGCCUCUUCAAAGCAGUGAGGUGACAGGGGAGAAGGUGCGACAGAAGAGUGCAGGGUCUAAGGGUGGGAAGGAGGAAGAGGAGAGUAUAAAGGGUGUGAAGGGGGUGAUGGAGAAGGGGCAGGAGACGGUAGGAGAGGAGCAGCAGCAGGAUCCAGAGCAGAUUCGUACGGCCGAGGGGGUUGGGGCUAGAAGCGAAGGUGGUAACAUGGAGGUUGCAGGGGGUGAUGCUGAAGCUGAUGCUGUUGCUGAUGAUGGCGGAGGUAACAAGGAGGGACAGGGCUGUACUGGGAAGGACGGUGGUGGAAGGGAAAGCGUCUGUGGCAGCAAGGGUAUGUCUGAAGGUGGUUCCGGAGAGUGCGAUGGUGUAGCAGCCAGUGAAGGGCAGGGGCAGCAGAGAGAGCACAUGAGUAAGGUCCUUGAUGCGGCGGCAGGGGACGACAGGGGAUUGGGGGCUGUCGGAGCCGAGAGCUCAGCAGGGGACGUAGUAGGAGCUGACGCAGCAAAAACAGCAGAAGCAAACACAGAAGCAGAAACUAUCGCAGCAGAAGGAGAAUCAGCAGCAGCAGACGCAGCAACAACAGAAGCGGAAGAAGCAACAGCAGAAGCAGAAGCAGCAACAGCAGAAGCAGAAGUGGCAGAAACAGAAACAGAAGCAGACGCGGGAGAAGCAGAAGCGGGAGCAGCAGCGGGUGGAGGAGACGGUAUUGCGCAUGUGCCUCUCCCUCCGCCCCUUGUGUCUGCACUGCCAUCCUUGCCUGCUGAGCCUGUCCCCCGAUUGUAUCCUCAACAAACCUCACAGGGCGUCGCACUGCCAUCCACCCACCAUGUGACACCCACCCGCCACCUGCCAUCAGAGCAUGCAGGCACACCCACAGCAGCAACUGUAACCUCCCAGCCAGUCACAGCAGUCUCAUCCCCUUGGGCACUCGCGCCUGCUGCCUCUGCUGCUGCCUCUGCUACUGCCUCUGCUGGUACCCCUGCUGCUACCCUCGCUUCAAAAUUGAUCACCACACCUGCAGCUGUCUCUGUGUCUGCCACUGCCGCUGACUCUCCUGCUGCUGCUGCCUCUGCUUCCCCUGCCCGGACUGCUGCCAAGGAUCGCUUUGCCUCGCCACUUGCUGCCAAGGGAAGAGGUCCCAAAGAUGCUCUGGGCGCCUCGAUGGUGGGUGAGUCCCCCCCUGAGAUCGCCAAUGAGUGGCCAUCAGUGCAGAGGAUCACUGGAUUCUACCUCGAGGAGUGAUGCCAUGUCACACCACCAUGGGAGGAAAGCAGAGGUUGUCGGGCAAACCAACAGUUUCAGUGGCUGCCGUGCAGUGGCACUGCAGAGUGUGCUACACUAUUUCUUAGACUGGCAGAUUGCUGAAGUAGGAAAUGCACGCAGUCAUGUGCCAUAUAUGGUAAACUAGUGUUGGAGGAAUCAUAAGCUCAGCACAACGAUGGAACUAUCAGAAUAAGAUUUGAAUGAUGGU